AUGGAAGAGCUUUUUUCAACAUUUAUGGGCGGUAUUCUGUUUCCCGAUUGUCUUUUCCCGGCUCAAGGGGCGGUUGUUCUUGGAUUGGCCUCUUACUUUGGUCCAAUUGGUGGCCAGUUUGCGAAUUUUGUCCCUCGAAUGAAAGCUUUGGCAAAAUGGGAAUAUAUUGAGUAUUAUGCAAUGGACAAUGGAACGGUUUGGGUGAGCAUGGAUGUGGCACAGACAUGGACAAUUGUAUUUUUGAUGGUUGUCGUCUUUGGUCUAAUCGCUAUUUACAUGGCAAAUCUGCUGUCUGCUCUCAUUCUCUAUCGUCAACUGAGAUCUCUUCAAAGCCACAUGUCAGCCGUUUCAUUCAAGACGCAUAUUUCAGUCUUGUACAUGCUAAUCACACAAGUUACU